AUGACAUCCCAGCUUACUUUUGAAGACAUCCUUGGCUGCCAGGCCGCCCUAUUCGAAUGGGCCGAGAGCUACGAUACCAAGGACUGGCAGCGGCUGUCCCGAUGCAUAGCGCCUACACUGAGGAUCGACUACCGCGCCUUCCUCAACAAACUCUGGCCCUCCAUGCCAGCCGCCGACUUCCUCGCCAUGGCGUCGGACCCCCAUGUGCUGGGAAACCCGCGUCUGUGCACGCAGCACCUUGUGGGUGGUGCCAGCCGGUGGGAGAAGACCAGUGACACCGAGAUCACGGGGUACCACCAGAUGCGGGUGGCUCACCAGCGGUAUGCUGACGAUGCGCACACGGAGGUGGCGGUUAAGGGUCAUGCGCAUGGGAAGGGGACGGUGUGGUAUCGGAAGGUGGAUGGUGAGGGGUGGAAGUUUGCGGGGAUUCAGCCGGAUAUUCGGUGGGGGGAGUAUGAUCAUGAUAAGGUGUUUGAGCAUGGGGAGGAGAAGUUUGGGGAGAAGGAAGGCGAAGGGAAAGCAGAAGAGGAAGGACAGACUGAUGGAGAGUAA